CGCCAGAGCGGCCAACGGGACUCGCUGAGUGCUGCCCACAGACAAGAGAAACCCCCACUCCCCCCACCCAGGACGAUGCUGCACAGCCCCCCUCCGCCGGGGGACGGAGCGUUCGCGUCUGGUCGGAGGUGGGAAACAACAUUUACAAUAAUUUAAAGAAUUAAAAAUUAAAAAAAAAGGUCUGGUCGGAAUUUUUUUUGUUUUAACCGGGAGGGGGUUUUGAAGGAAAAUGACCAAAAACGCGGAAGGCUCGAGGGAGGAGCUGUGCAAAAUCGCGGACGAAGAGCUGAUGAAGUGGAGCAAGGAGGAGCUGGUGAGGAGACUUCGGAGAUCGGAUGCCGAGAAGAUGACGGUGAUGAUCGACCACAGUAACCUGAUCAAGGAGGUGAACCGGCGGCUGCAGGUCCAUCUCACCGAGAUCCGGGGGCUCAAGGAGGUCAACCAGAAGCUGCAGGAGGACAACCAGGAGCUGCGGGACCUCUGCUGCUUCCUGGACGACGACCGGCAGAAAGGCAAGAAGGUGUCUCGGGAGUGGCAGCGGCUGGGCAGGUACACGGCGGGAGUGAUGCGCAAGGAAGUUGCCCUGUACUUGCAGAAGAUGAAGGAGCUGGAGGUGAGGCAGGAUGAGGUGGUGAAGGAGAACCUGGAACUGAAGGAGAUGUGCCUGAUGCUGGACGAGGACAAGAGCGCGGGCAGCCGCAGCUCCAUAGACAGCCAGUCCAGCCUCCUCCACCUGAACGCCACAAGUGGCUUGAGGGACCUUGGCGACGGCAGCAGCACCUCCAGCACGGGGAGCACCGACAGCCCUGACCACCACAAACAGUUAGCGGCCGCGGGCAGCCCCGAGCACCUCCACAAGCACCGCGCCGCGGCCGGGGGCAGCCCCGAGCAGCAGAAGCACACCCUGGGCACCGGCAGCCCCGAGCUCCUGCCCAAGCACAUGGUCAGCUCCAGCCCCGAGCGCCCGAAGCACAUGAUGGUGGGCACUCCGACCCCGGAGCAUCUGCAGCAGCACCGAGGUGGCAGCCCCGAGCGCCUCAAACAACAUUACGGUGGCAGUCCCGAGCAUGUGAAACACUUGAGCGGCAGCAAGGAAGGGACCCUGCGGAGACCAUCGGCGGCAGCAGCAGCGCCAGACGAGCUUUCGCCUCAUCACAGAAGUGUGUACAAUGGGAUGAAUGAGCCAGCAGUUACUUAUGUCAAACAGCUGGAGACCAGAGUGAAGCAACUAGAGGAAGAAAACCGAAUGUUACCCCAGACUGGAAAGGUGGAUGUAACUGGAAUGAUUUUUCGUUUUGUCUGGCGACCUGCUGAAAACAGUUGUGCAAUGAGUCUAAUUUAUUUAAUGAACAUUACAGUAUAG